AUGACCCGAAUGAUGCGCGGCCUCGCUGUGCCCCGCAUCGUCAGGGGCCCCGAUGCCUGCCUCACCUGUCGCCGUCAUGGCUUCAGAUGCAACUGGGGACUACCCACGUGCGUCACAUGUGAUAAAAACGGAUACGAAUGCAUCCAGCCCAUAAGUGCCAUCGGUUAUGAGGACUAUAUCCGCAAUGACGAUGCUAAGCAAACAACAACCCUGCCCGAAUCUGCCAGUAACGCCAACCAACGUAAGAGCAAGGCAAAGAAGAAGAAAAAGAACAAGAAAAAGGCCGAGCCCAAGACAGAAGCCAAGACCGAGAUCAAAACCAAGUCUCGCUUUGAUGAUGGCAUCAUUGGCUACAGGAUGGACCUUACCCCGAUAUUCCAGACAAGGGACCCGUCGAUUCCAAUCCCGGAGAAAACUGCUACCCAUCAAUGCACCCGUCAGCCCGCACCAUUGUAUGCUUCUGGGUUGGAGUCUGGGGUUGCGUUUGGGGUUGGCACUGAAUCUACAUCUUCAUCUGGCCCCGUGGCUGUGUCCGAGCCUACAUCCGAGUCUGCGCCUGAUUCUGAGUCUGAACCUUGCUCUGCAUCCGAGUCUACAUCCACAUCUGCAUCCACAAUUGUAUCCGGGUCUGCUUUGUCCGAUUCUACAUUUGAAUCUGAAUUUGUGACACGCAUAAAGCGCCACAUGUACAAGUCUCAGCAGCGUGAAUUAGAGCACACCCACCGCUAUGUCAAGAGAUCCGACCCCACUUCCUCUGAUGAUGCCGAUAAAGAUCAUGACUAUGCGGUGUAUUACGACUAUGAUUAUGACACUGAUCCUGACGUUCUUCAAGAUGAAGAAGACCUUGAUCCUGAUGACGGACCUACCGAUUUGGCCUUUGGACCAAUCACUCUAUCCACAUUAAAAUCGCACCCUCAACUCUCUGACAUCUACAUGGUCAAGAAUAGCUGGCAGGGUCCCGGCGAGCCUCCCCUGAAAACCCGCAUCGACGACUACAUCACCUACAUGAAAGAAAAUCAUCUGACGCCAAGGGUACCCCUUCCAUUGACCUUGCUGGCGUCAUGCGAUUACACCGCAAGUGACACUCUUUUUUACUACGAGAAUCGCCCGGCUAACUGUUGCGUCGCCGAAAUCCCCGACAUCAACCCUGUCAACCCCAAGUUGGUUCGACUGGGCUACGCCAGCCCUUUGGCCUUGCAGCUCGUCAUUGCUCAACGAGCCAAUCACCGUGAGGUGUCUUCCGCCAUCUUGCCUACGGGGGAGAGCGCUGAGCGCUUUUUGAUUGAUACUAUUGCCCAAUUUGGUCCCAAGAUUGACAGCUAUCUGGCCGGCAGUGAAGAUGAAAUGCCCUCCCUAUUUAUUGCGAGCACCGUUAUAGCUCUCGUCGAAAGGGCCCGAGUCGACAAGCUCUCUCAGGCAUACAAUCAUCCUACAGCAGCCAAGGCCAUCUUGAACAGACUUCACAGUCUCGAUUCAGAAGAAAUUUUCAUCAACAUGCCCGAAUGCCUGAUAGAGUACUACAUGCACACCGUCUCUUUUGCCUGCAUUGCUGCCAAUCCCAUUACGGCUGCUGGGGUUCCAUUCAUCACUGCACCACAGCUAUUGUUUGUCGACAGCUUGGCAGCUAAAGGUUAUCUAGGUAAACUAUGCGGAUCUUGGCUCGACAUUUUGGCCACUAUCCCACACAUUUUUAGAUUGGGAGCCAUUAUGUACCGCCGGAAACUUGGUACAUCUACGUUUCAAGAUGCAUCGGGCGAUUUCCUGAAUUUUGGCGAUAUAGAAGACAGGCUCAUGGCCUCUGCACCUUGCAGUAACGGAGAUCCUAUCCAUACCAUUGAUAAAAUUGCCUUUCUAUUCAAGAUCGCCGCCUUAUUAUACCUCUGGUCUCUAUUGGAUGAGCCUCUGUUACAGGAUCAAGGCAUCGAAUGCUAUGAUGAAGACGCUGAGCUCCAAGAUGAAGACUUUGAGUGCGACGAUCAAAACGAAUGGAGACAAAAGAUGCACAAGGUGACCAUGAAAUCGAUGCUUAAGCAGGCAGAACGCAUCCUGCCCACUAUUCCAGUGGAGGACAAUUUGAAUCUCGCCCUCUGCUGGCCUAUGCUUAUUAUGGGAUGCUUUACCAAGAACAAGGAUACAGAAAAAUUCAUCGAACAACGCUUGAUUGCCAUAGUCAACCAAUUUGGUGUUGGCAAUCCGCUUGAGACUCUGUUCGUUUCAAAAUACCUCUGGAAUAUCCCUGUGAACAGGCGUUCCCCCUGGAUGAUUUGGCACUAUAUCCAGAACUCCAGGUGCCGGGAGUGCACCUGUCCGAAAUGCAUACCCUUUCUCUUUUGA